CCACGGCCCAGGACAUACUUGGGUGGCGCUGGACGCGUCCUGUGAGUCAUCAAUUCCCUCAAGCGCCGCCGCAGACACCGCAUGGCAAGUAGACGCGCCUUGAGAACGCGCCCCCGCAGCCCAAACAAUCUGCAUCAGCGUAGCCCGACGAGCAGAUGACGGCACCACACCAUCUCUUCUGUACCAUGGUUUCCAAUAUCAGAUAUCGCCAGCCCACCUCAAAACCCGACGACACAGAAGCAUACACAUUCGGCCACGCCCUCGGGCCUUUUGGCCAGCCCCAGAUUAAAUACUGCUAUAUGGACAACAGUCUCAAUCCUCAAAUACCACCCCCGAAGCUCAAGCUCGGUCCUGCAGGUCCGCGUCGCGGCCUCGCUCUAUUCCAAGAGCAGACAGCCACUAGACCAAGUCAUCUUUUUACCGCAUCACCGGUAUGGCUACUUCCAGUAGCUCUCGAUGAGACCGAGUUCUGGUUUCAGCUGGCUCGCGUAACUGCCGACUGGCUCGAGUACAUCAGCGACCAAACAUCCCCCGUCCUACCCUGGGACAACAAUACCAAUACUUCACUGCUCCUUCCCCUCUGUCCUGACUGCUUCUUGCAGAUCUACGAGUAUGGGCCAUUUGACACGUACAACCAACUACAUCUUAAGACGGUUGCCAUCGCCAUCGUCUCCCUAGUCGUCCAUGAAAUAGGCAAUUCCGGCGAUUUCUCGAACGCUCUAGCGUGGGAUUCCAUCCCGGCUCCCUGGCCUUUUCGUUCCUUGUACCCAACAUCAAAGGGCUCGCGUUCCCUUCCGCACCAUUUGAAGCGCCCGCUUUGUACAGAACCUCGCCGCGCCAUGCCCUCGCCCGCUUGCCCCACAACUUGUCUCGCCGCCGUUGGGGACCAGGAAUUGGGGUUUACGCCCAGCCCUCUUCGAGACCCAUUUCUCGUCCCUUGCGCCAAGUUUUGGUCCCGAAGAGCCGCUAGGCGGGUGCCUUAGCCCGCCCCUUAGCCGCGUGUAACGCCGAGCGCCCUAUGGCCCCAAGCCGCAGCUGCGGCCCCGCAACCUCUCACUUCGAGCUCCUCAACUCCGCUCUCGACCUUCCCUCGAUGGCAUUGAACUCGCCUCGCUCUCGCCAGUGCUGAGGGUGACGGGCCGGGCCCAACCAGCAAAAGCUUUGAACAACGGCACGCGUAAGGUUGCGCACAGG